CCCGUCGUUGCUAGAUCCGGAUCGCCGCGCCCGAAAUCUCCCGCGGAAUCGAGGUGAAUUCGUAGAGUAUGAUUUUCGUCGGUGUUGGCUCCAAUCCCGCCUGGUUUCGUGCCGUGCGGCCCCCGAUCUGGUCCCGCCGAGAACCCAGAUCACGGGUCAGGAACUGAACCAUGGCGAAGAUCAAGCCAAAGGCAUUGCUGGCACAGAGCAAACAGAAGAAGGGCCCUACUCAGAUCGGCCUGGUGAGGAUCGUCACCUACAUCGUCCUCGGCGUCCUAGCAGUGUCCUCCGUUUACUAUGCCUAUCAGUACUGGCAGAGCAAAGGACCGGCCGUUGCGGCAGCAGCAGCAGAAGGCGCAGUGGGGAACUAACUAAAGCCCCAGGGAUGCUGUUGAUUUUGGUGCUGUUGUUGUAUUUUCUUGUCGGUUAUUUUUGGCUGUCGCAGUCCGGGUAAAUUUGUGGAACAUAGACAGAGCAUGCGACGCUUAGUUGUACCCCCCCUGUAAAUUGCCUUAACAUUUAUGCUUAUGUUUCUUUCUGUGA